AUGGAUAAUAAAGGGGCUGAUAUUGUAUAUCCUGAUGCUAUUUCUGCUGAACAAAUUGCAAAUGUAAACUAUUAUAACCAACAGCCUCCUGCGUAUCAAAGCACAAAUGUCACUUCACCUUACUCACCUUACUCACCUAAUACCGUCUAUUACCCUGCUUCAGCUCAACCGGUGUUAGUUCCUGUUUAUACCACAAGUAAUGUCCCCGAUUUUAUGUGUUGGUCAAUUGCCAACAUCUUUUUCGGCGGUAUCAUAUUGGGUUUGAUAUCGGUCGCAAUGUCAAUAGCCGUGAGAAAUUAUAAGCAAUCGGGAGACAAUAAUGCGGCGAAAGGUUGGAGUAUAGCAACGGGAAUUUGGAACGGAUUUGUGACACUGGGUACGAUAGCACUUAUUGUUGUCAUUAUUGUCGUUAUUAUACCAUUUUACCGAUAUUAUUAG